AUUAUUUUAUCCCCUUGGUGUAGCCAGUUAGUGAUCAAAACCUAAAAAGGGUAAGAAGAUUUCUCCUAUAAAUCACAUACUGGGACUUUCCCUUCAUAAUAGUUGUAAAAUAUAUGCCCACACCUGUGUGUAUCUAUACUUUCAUGGCAUUUUGUGAUUGUUAGUAGUUUAAAAUGGAUAGAUCUGGAUUCCACUUAAACUCAGGGAGUCAGAUCCUCCUACUCACCAGCUUCUUUGUUCUUUGCAUCAGCAAUUGGUGGUCAAGUGCUGCUGAGGCCUCCACAGUCCCACAAGAGCUUCUUAAAGGUUUCAAGGCCACUCCGAAUCCUUCCAUUUCUUCUUUCCAGCCAUUACUCAGCGAUUCUACUGGUAAUUACUCAUUGGGUUUCCUCCGAGUCAAUAAAAACCAGCUCAACUUAGCUGUUCUCCACAUCCAGUCUUCGGAACAACUAUGGUAUGCCAGAACGACCCGUUUACCGAGAUGGGCUCACUCGACGGAGCUCUUCUUCAAUGGCAGCCUUGUAUUAUCUGAUCCUCACACAGGGGUACUUUGGUCAACUCAGACGGAUGGAGACCGUGUUUGGCUCUCCAACACCUCGAAUCUCCAAAUCCAGAAGCUUGAUGACGUCGCUGUUUUGUGGCAAAGUUUUGAUUUUCCCUCAGAUACGCUUGUUGAGAACCAAAAUUUCACUAGUGCCAUGACUUUGGUUUCUUCAAAUGGCCUUUAUUCUAUGCGGUUAGGAUCCGAUUUUAUCGGGUUAUACGCCAAGUUCAACCCGGGUACUGAUCCAGGUCAAAUAUAUUUGAAGCACAGAGCAUUAGAGGCCAAGGCACGUAUAGUAAAGGGCCAAGGACCCAUACACAUAAUUCUCAUGUCAGACGGGUAUUUGGGUAUGUUCCAAACGGGUUCAACUCCUGUUGAUGUACAAUCCUUCAACAGUUUUCAGCAAAACGUAUCGGGGACCCGCCGGGUCCGUAUCGAACCGGAUGGGAAUCUCAAAGGGUAUUUCUGGGCCGGUUCAAGUUGGAUCGUGGAUUACCAAGCAAUAUCCGAACCGUGCGAAUUGCCUAGUCCAUGCGGGUCAUAUGGUCUGUGUCAACCAGGCAAGGGAUGUUCUUGCCUAGACAACCGGACAGAGCCCGUCUCCGGCGGGUGUGUCUCGUCAGAAAAUCACAUAUCCGUUGACCUCUGCCGUGCCUAUGACAACAAAUACAAAGUACUGCGAAGAAGUGGGGUAGAAUUACCGUAUAAAGAACUAAUGGGGUACAAGAAAAUGGAGUCCAUAACACAAUGUGAAAGUGCAUGUGAAUUGAACUGUACGUGUUGGGGUGCGGUGUACAGUAACUCAUCUGGGUUCUGCUACAUGCUAGAUUAUCCCAUGCAAACCCUAGUAGCUGUGUGGGAUGAGACCAAGAUGGGUUAUUUUAAGCUGCGGGAGGGUCCAGGGAAGAAAAAGGUGGAUACCUGGUUAGGCUUAGGAUUAGGGUUGCUCUUUGGGGCAAUUCUGGUAUUUGGUGGAGUAAUAGGGUUAGUUUGGUAUAAGUUGAGAAGCAAACGAGUCAAAAGGUACGUCGAAGAAGAGAGUAUUGGUGUGGGUCCAUACAAAGAUUUGGGGGCAGCCAGUUUUAGGUCAAUUGAAUUAUGUGAGAAGUGACGUAAGGGAUGACGGCACGAAAAAUUGUGGGACCCGGUUAAAAUCCACUAGUUUAUGGUUAAAAUCCACUAGUUUAUGUUCCAACCAAUGACCAUAGACUUGGUGCAUGCUUCAUGGUACACGUGUCUUUAUGAAUUCAAAUUGAGGAGUAGUGGCAUCUAGAUGGUGCAGUGUGGCACCCCCGCACUACUGAAUCUUUACAGUGCAUAGAGUUAUUAUAUAUUCUGUAUAUUCAAUCUUUGUUUGUCAAUCAUUCUAUCACAU